AUGAACAGCUGGCCCACAAACUACGAUACUCAAUCGACCUACCGUGUCCACAGAGCUUCCUUUUCCUCGACCUGUUCUCAAGAGGCCGACAGCGGCGGUGGGCCCGAACAUCAGAAGAUGGCAACGCCAAGUUCACCCGUAUUUGAUCUCGAUGAAUUUAUCUAUGAUCCAGUGACGACGACAUCGACGACAGCGGCGUUGACCUCGGGAUCAGCCGCUACUGGCGGUAUGUCGGGCCUGACAGACGUCGCACAGCUCGGCUCCGCCGCUCGUCACGCAAAUGGACAUUCGUGGACAACGUCGGGCGGUGAUGGUGCUGGAUGGGAGUCUGCAUCGAAUGUGUUCCAAGAGACUGCCUCGAAUGCCUUCUACGGGGUAUCCUUUCCUUCGAGCGCUGGCACACACUCCAAGCCAUCGCUCAAGACGACAACGACCCCCCAGGCCAUUCUGAAUAACUAUUAUGGCGGUGGGCUUGCAUCCUUUCACCAGCCAGCAUCUUCUGGCUUUUCAGACUUUGAGCUCGGGCUGGAUAGCUCAAACAGUGCAGAGCUCUUUGCGUUCCCAACAAAGACGGGCGCAUUGGCCGACCAGCAACAUCACCACUCCAUGUUUGAUCAAGGACUCUAUCCGGACAUGAACAAGAUGAUGCUGCUCUCUCAGAGCGAGCCUGGCUAUGCCUACCCCACCCAGGCUCAAGCGCAGCAACACUUACAGCGCCGAGGGUCGGUUCGUCGUGAAUCUACAUCCUCCUUGCCAUUCUCUACAGCGACAUCUAUCCCGCUCAACAUCCAGGCACCGUCGUUUAGCUACGCGCAGCCUUCGACCGUCUUCCCCACAUCCGUAUCUGGGCAUACGCCCUCUUCCUCGCUCUCGUCCUCUUCCUUCCUGUCCAACCUAUCGCCCGGAUCUCCUCUAGGAUCCCCGCACUUUUCAGAACGGGGCUUGUCCAUUUCCCCCUCCAUCCCCCCGGCGUCGCCACUCUCAGCUUCGGCCGUUGGGGCAAUCUAUUUCCAUCAGGGACCUGGUACGUCACCGACGCCUUCAUUCGGAGGAGUCCCGCCCGCGCAAUUGUCGGCGAGCCCGCAUCAGUUUAGCAGCGCGCCAAUCACGUUUGUGAACCAGACGACGCAGUUCACCAAGCCGACAAAGACGAGCACGAAUGCGACGAGGGAUUCGUCGCCCAAGGAUGCCGACGCGGACGAGUAUUCGCCUUUGAUGGACGAACGGAGCCACGACGAUGGAAUGAGACAACGCAAGCGACGGCGGACCUUGUCCAACAGCGUGAUGGGCGACGAGUCGGACGAUAAACGUGACGAAGAUAUCCCCAUCAAGUCCGAGCUUCGACCUCCCAAACAAGCGCCUUCAAUGUGGCAGGUCUAUUUCGCCGACUGGCUCCAGGACCACAAGACACGCCACCCACACGACAAGCUCAACGUCGCCCAGGCUGCCAAAGAGGCUGGUCAGUUGUACAAGACGCUUACAGCUGCGGAAAAGGAGGACCUGAAGCGACGCGUGCAGAUUGAGAAGCAGCUGCGCGAGCAGCGACUCGUCGCAUGGCAGCGCACGCUCACACCAAACGAUAUCAAGCGCGAGAAUAAGUUUCGUGCGGCACAGCGCAAGGCGGGGCUCUCACGACGGGCAAACAUCAAAGAUCCAAAUGCCCCCAAGAAGCCCCUUUCUGCCUAUUUCAUGUUCUUGGCCAAAAUUCGCAGUGAUCCUCGUCUCGUAGAAGAAGUAUUUGGUGGGGAGACGGAGACGACCAGGCAGAGCGUGCUGGCAGCGCAGACCUGGAGGGAGAUGAGUGAUGAGGAGAAGAAGCCCUUCCUCACGCAGGCGGAGCAUGACAAGAUCCAGUACGAGGCUCUCCGUAAGAUUUACGAAGAGCAAGCUGGCUCGAGCUCGGCCAACGCGCGCAAACAAAUGGCUGCUGGAACAGGCUACAUCGUACCUCAGCAGAUGAACACGACAUUGUCAGACGAUGUCACGGCGUCCAUUCUCUCCGCCAAUCCCAACACGGGGAAUCGUUACUCCAGCCAUGGUGGAAGCGACUCGGAUGAUCUGCACAUGGUCUCCUAUGACCCCCAGGCCACAAUUACAGCUCGGAAAUCUUCGACGACGGCAUCAUCCAAGGCGAUUGCCACUGCUGCUGCUGCCGCAAGCUUUGCUUCCAAUGGAAAGGCAAUGUCGAGCUCUAUCCCCGUUUCAUUCUCUGCAACGGGUACUAUUCGUCGAAGAACAGCAGCGGCGCGCAAGUCGGCGAGACAGAUUAUGAUGGACGAUGGUGCCCAGAGCCCACCCGACUCGUCUGAAGACGACGACGAGUGGGUGCCGGGCAAGUCUGUCUGA